UCACACAUAUGAGCAUUUCAAAGAUGGCGUCUCUCCCCGUGAAGAAAUUUCUUCAUCUGGUGUUAAUAGGGAUGUUAAUUGUCAUCGGUCCUGCGAGAGGACGCGUCCUUCUGACUGAGGAACAGAACCACAUGGCUUUGUGCGUAGAGGCGAUCGCCCAAAAGUAUUUUUCCGAUGGACGAUCCCUUCUGUUCUCCGUGCCCAGAGACGUACGUGAGGUCACCGGACGCCCCCGGGUUCAACUUUCGUACGGCGAUGACCUUGAUCUGGUGAACUCGGUGCUGCAAAAAAUAAACGAGAACAUGAGUUGCCCAGUGCAGUUUCCCUCAGACGCCGAGGUAACAAUGACAGCCGAGACGAAUUACAACUACAUCAUUUUCAUCUGGCGAGAACAGGAACACGAGAACGUCAUAGAUUGUCUUCGAAGACAACUGGACACGCUGAGUGACAGCGAGAUUCAGCAAUGGAAUCCGCGAGGGAGAUUCGUUGUCGUGGUAACUGAUCACAACAGCGGUACUCCCCGGUCCCUUGCUCAUGAAAUAUAUGAAACGAUGUGGGAGGAACACAGUAUCUUCGACAAUGUUGUUAUAAUAUCAAAUUCUGAAAGAAAUCACCUCCAGAAACAAAUGAGAAACCUGUCUUCGGAAGGGGCGAUAUUUGAUUUGUUCUCUGGAUUCCCAUAUCAAAGAGGAAACUGCGGUAAAGUGAAUGAAGUUACUCUGAUGGAUCAAUGCAUUGUUCAAAGCAACGUCACAUUUCCUAGCAGAGCGAAUCUGUUCCCUCCAAAAAUACCUAAAGAUUUCCAGAACUGCGUCAUCAGAGUAGCGACCAUUGGAAUCGAGCCCUUUGUGAUUCUGAAUAAAAACCACACGCGAAAAGAUGGCACCACCGAGUACGACGUCCGUGGUUUCUCGGUCGAGUUCUUCCUCCUCUCGGCAAGGAAAAUGAACAUGACCGUCGUGUUCCUUCCACCUGUGUUAGAAAUUACUUUUCAGGGUGGCUGGACCGUAAUGGAGAACCUGGUUGGCGGUUCGGCUGAAGUCAUCGUCGGCUUAGUUCCAAUGCUUCCAAUAAUCAUAACACCAGAUUCUGAGCCGUCAAUACCUUACAUACAUGGCACGAUAAAAUGGUUAGUUCCUUGUCCACAAGCUAUGCCAAGGGUUGAGAAAAUCAUUACCAUGUUCGAUGCAUCUGUCUGGUUGGCAAUAACACUUUGUUUUGUUUUGACGUCAGUAGUGUUUUGGUGUUUGGCAAGCAUUUCAGACAGCUUGGCCAUGAAGGAGUCUAACACAUUACAGACAAUCACCAGCUGUAUGUACAGUACUUGGGCAAUUUUCGUCGGGAUAUCUGUUACAGAGAUGCCUAAAACUUGGAAAACCAGGGUUUUCUUCGUCUUUUAUGUGUGUUACUGUUUUGCUAUUAACACAGUUUUCCAAGCUUUUUUCGUAUCAUAUCUUGUCGAGCCAGGGUACGAAGAUAGGAUAGAGACGUUUGAUGAACUCGUGGAGUCAAACGUAUCCUACGGAUUCAACUCGGCCAUGGAGACGGGAAUAUUGACUACGGAUUACACCGAACAGAUUAAGUUGUUUGCGUCACGACGUAUAGACUGCAGUGAUAUGGAGAACUGCAUAAAGCGAAUACUACAAGAUCACGAUAUCGCUACUAUAGCUGUCCCUACGUAUGCCAAAUACGUGGCAAAUAAAUUCGGGACUGAAGGUAAAACGGAUGCUCCUUGUACCCUAGACGAGAACCUGAUUGACGGAAGCAUCGUCGUUCUGUUGCGCAGAGGAAGUCCAAUACUGAACCAACUCAACAAAUUCAUCAGGCUAAGCCAGGAAGGAGGACUCGUGGAUAGAUACUGGGCAGAAUUAAAUUCUGACGCACUUCUGAAGAGGAUACCGGAAUCUGACAAAGACGGCAGCACCGGAUACUUCGUAUUCUCAGUUUCUCACACUGGACCAGCAUUUGCUCUGCUUCUUUGCGGCCAUGCGCUCAGCCUUCUCGUCUGCCUUGCCGAAUGCGUUUACAGGCGCAUCAAACAACGCUGGAGCAAGGAAAACACAGGGCGACGGCGGUCGUCGAACUUGCAAUAAAAACCCUUGAAGUCUGAACGCGGGUUUUGGAUUUGUCCACAAUGGAAAGAAUAUAACAUUUUGUAACAAGUUGCUUUUUUACAGAGUGGGGUUGUCAGCCCCACGUCCAACCCCCAACCUGGAGGACCAGACCUCUGUAUUUACAGCCCCCGGAGGUAGGGUGGCCCAGCUAUACCCCCAGGCACUGGGCAGAUCGGGUACCUCGGGGGUACCAGUCCCCCGUAUCCACUGAUGUCGGUCCCUGAGGGGGGAUAUAUAUAGGUAUGCAAAUACCUACAUUCUAUUUAUCAUAAAUUUACGAAACAAGACUGGUGAGAUAAUUUUUAAUUAAUUAUCCAUUUAAAUUAAUGUACUAAACUCAGUGUGUAUGUGUGCUUGUUUCAAAUGUAGGGCACAUUCUUCGUGUUGUGAUUAAUCAACUGCACCAGCUAUUGAGUAGAACACAAGCUUGAAGGAUCUUAUUAAACACACUUACCUGUCC